GAGGCAAUAAGGAUAGGGUUAAAUUCAUCAUCUGUUUUUAUUUCAGAGAUGCCUCGCACCCAGACGGAGCUUGAAGACAUCUUUUCAUUUAAGAUGUACCUUUUCCAGUUUGUGAACUUCUAUUCGUCACUCUUUUAUAUUGCGUUUUUUAAACUCAGCCCUGGAAGGCCAGCAGAAUUUAACAGGAUAUUUGGUUUUCGACAAGAAGAGUGUAAUCCGGCAGGUUGUUUAUUUGAGCUCUUGGUUCAGCUGGCAGUUAUCAUGGUUGGAAAGCAGAUCUUCAAUAAUUUUAUUGAAAUAAUCGUCCCAAAGCUUCAGAACUGGUGGAGACGCCGUCAGAAUAUUGAAACCCCCGACUUGACCGAAUACACACGUUGGGAACUGGACUAUGACUUGACUCAGUAUCCCGUGCACGGGUUGUUUUAUGAAUACCUUGAGAUGGUGAUCCAGUAUGGCUUUGUGACACUAUUUGUGGCCGCCUUUCCACUUGGACCGUUCUUUGCCCUCAUCAAUAACUUGUUGGAAAUUCGUCUUGAUGCUUACAAGUUUAUCGUGGUUUUUCAGCGCCCAAUGGCAGCUCGUGCGCAGGAUAUAGGAAUUUGGUACGCAAUCUUGAAAGGCGUUACGAAGAUCUCUGUGGUCGUAAAUGGCUUUGUGAUUGCCUUUGUUUCCGAAUUCGUCCCCAGACUGUAUUACACCCUAGGUGAACACAACGACAGCUUGGAAGGAUUUGUAAACCACACCUUGUCGUGUUUUGCGGUGGAUGAUUUUCCUGAGUCUGAGAGACCUUCUGGAGCUGCUGCUGUUGAGUUCCCCCUAAGAAUUAACAGUUGUGGGUUUAAUUUAUCUACCUGCAGAUUCCGAGGGUAUUAUGAACGACCAAAAAUUACAAUACUCAACACGACCCUUCCAAAUCCGAAUGCUUACAAGUUCUCGACAGCCUAUUGGCAUAUUUUGGCGGCCAAGCUGUUUUUUGUGGUUGCCUUUCUGCACAUCGUGUUCGGUAUGACGGCAAUCUUGGCUUGGAUUAUCCCCGAUGUUCCGAAGGAAGUUGACAAUCAAGUCAAGAGAGAGAACUUUCUUGCCCGCGAAGCCUUACGGUCAGCAGAUCAACAAGAUUCUGUCUCUCCAGUCCCUAGGGAAAAUUCGCGCGGCCAGGAUGAAAUGUUGUGAAAUGUUGUAGAAUGUCGUGUUUUGACAGAAAUUAUCUCGUAGUCAACGACUUUUAACUGAUAUCGGUAUAGGUAGUUAAAUCUGAUAAUACCACCGUCGCAUAUUUUGAAUAAUUUCUUGUGGUAAACGUAAGGCAAAGUUCGAAAAUCUUCACCAAAAGCCAGUGCUUUUCACAAGCUGCGUGUCAUAGCUCGCUGACCCAUACGAUUGAUAGUCUUCAUUUAUAAACUCAGUUUAAUCUUUCUAAUAGCAAAUGGUCAGUACGUGUCUGUUUUACAUAGAAUAAAGGGGGUACGUCUCUAAAGAAACUGUGGUGCUGCGUCGGUGGGAGAGUAUAGCAGGUAAUUU